AAUUCCAUUUCAUUACUUAAUGGGUUUAUAUUAUCGACUGAACUGUGACUGCCGAACACUUAACACUAGGCUUCCAUGCUAUAUUAGAAUUUUGUUUAAUGUCUGAUGAUGCCUUUUUCAGAGGCGGAAUUUGAUCACCAAUAUAAAAGGUAGCAACGCAUUCAGUAGGGGUGUCUUGUUUCCGCACUGAAUAUUUGUGAACUCACAUAUGCUAAUGGUAACGGAAUUAAACAAAAUAAUAUAAAUCCAUUAAUUUCUUAUUUAUUGUUUAUAUAUAAAUACUGGUUGAUUAGAUGCCUUAUAAUUUUUUUUAUUCUGUCUUUCUACUUGCAUGUAACUGGGAUUGUCUGAAUGUCUUCUGUGGCUGCAAUUUACAUCGACUGCGUAAUAUUUCUGUUUCAAGUGCUGUAAUAUUUCUUUUGAUAAAUGGAUUGCACAAAGUUUUAACUUUAAUCCACUACGUAUACUCGCCGCUUCUGUUUAUCACCAUGUCAACUAUAGCAUAAAACCUAAUUACAUAUACAAGAUAUCGAUUCCAUGACGUUAUCUAAAAUGAAAACUCAAAAUAAAGAAGAAUUAAAGGCACGCAAGCGAAUUGCAGAACGAUUAAGGUACCAACGAAUUAUUAACGACCCUAUAAAAAGAGAACAGUUGAAAGAAAAAGAACGUCGCAACUAUCAAAGAAAGAAGGAAAUGCGUAUACAAAGUUUAAUUAAAGAUAAUUAUUAUGAAGAAGAAGAUGCGACAAACACAGGAGAUCGUCAGAUAGCAACUAUGAUAGUUACGAAUUACGGCAAGCAUUUAUUAAUGUUCAAUCAGUACGUAUACUGCAAACAUUGCAAUCAGAAGCAAGGGGUACGUUGGAAGUGCACCAGGAAUGCUUCGCGCGGCUGCAACGCCUAUGUCAUUGUAAGCAGUGCUGGAAUUAUUGUAAAAGCGAAUGGUGUCCAUACACACGAUCCUCCCAAGUAUCAUCGGCAUAACGACGGAACUUAUAUUAGACUAUAUUAGAAGUAGCACUUCUGUAAGAUGAUUACAAGUGCGUCAUGAUGGUUAUAACACACGAAGCGGAAUUUCAGCCCGAGCCGAAUGCGAGGGCGUAAUAUAGUCGAGUGUGUUAAAUACGCACGUAUAUCGUAUGACGUUUGUCAACUCACUUGAUUUUAAAUAAACUCAACUAUAAAACUGGUAUACACUGCCACGCGGAGCAAAAGUGUUCAUCACAGUUUUAUGGUUGAGUUUUUUUAAAUCAACGAUCGUGGAUAUACCUGCGUAUUUAAC